AUGGUCAAGGAUAUUGAUUUGAUGUCAAUAGGGACAGUUGAACUCGAUUUGGCUUUGAUGAAUUGGCGAACGUACGCCGAAGAAUAUUUUUUGAAACAUGUAAUAACAUACCGUAGAAUUAUGCUUCAAAUUAAUCCAUCAACUCACGAUAACAAAAUGAAACAGGAACGUCAUUACAUUGUAGAAAGACUGGAUAUGGCCAGAAGUAAUUUACGAAACAUGUAUAGGGAAGGUUCGAUGGUAUAUGAAACGUUUGAUAUAGAAGUUGAUGCGAUGACACAACGAUUAAAACAAAAGCGAGGAGAUGUUAAAUACUUUCGAAACAUGUUGAGUAAAUUAAUCAUAAAGUUGAAAGUUUUUAUUGAAGAAGUUGAUAAAACUCAAGCAGCUUUUAUAGACGCGAAAAUUUAUUUUACUGAAAACAACCAAGCUGUUAAUGAUAUUGCUAUAACUCACAUAGAUCUAUUGGUUUUUAAUGAAUUGUUUGUUCAUGUACACGAGGUUGUUAAAAAUUUAACUGGAAUGAAAAGAAUGUUAAUGUCAUAUGAUGAUAACCUUCUUGAUCUCCUUCUCUAUAAGCUUUACCAAGACCAGCCUGACAUAUUUGAUGUUACAACGUCAGAUCUUAAUUAUUUGAAAAUUGCUGCCGAAAUUUAUCAUGACGAAUUAGCCAUAUAUAACCAAUCAUUUGGAUUUUCAUUCCCCAAAAAACAAAAUGAAAUAUAA